AAUUCUUCAUCUCUUGCAAACCCUAAUCGCUCUGCAAAAGUUUCCUUAAGAUAUCUCUCACAAACCCUAAUUGCUCUGCAAAAGUUUCUUAGAUUCCUCUCUCAAGAUGGUGAUGAUGCAAAUCUUCGCAAGGACUCUUACAGAAAAAACCAUAACCCUUGAUGUUGAAAGUUCCUACACCAUCAAUAAUGUCAAGGCACAGAUCCAAGACAAAGAAGGGAUUCCUCUAGACCAGCAACGACUUAUCUUUGCCGGUAAACAACUCGAGGAUGGCCGUACUUUGGCUGAUUACAAUAUUCAAAAGGAGUCAAUUCUCCACUUGGCUCUUAGGUUGAGAGGCGGUAUGCAGAUCUUCGUCAAGACUCUUACUGGCAAGACCAUAACUCUUGAGGUCGAAAGCUCCGACACAAUUGACAAUGUCAAGGCAAAGAUCCAAGACAAGGAAGGAAUCCCUCCAGACCAGCAGAGACUUAUCUUUGCCGGUAAACAACUUGAGGACGGUCGUACUUUGGCAGAUUACAAUAUUCAGAAGGAGUCAACCCUCCACUUGGUUCUUAGGUUGAGAGGUGGUAUGCAAAUCUUUGUUAAGACUCUUACAGGGAAGACGAUAACCCUUGAGGUCGAAAGCUCAGAUACCAUCGAUAACGUCAAGGCCAAGAUCCAAGACAAGGAAGGAAUCCCUCCGGACCAACAGAGACUUAUCUUCGCCGGUAAGCAGCUCGAGGAUGGCCGUACUCUUGCUGAUUACAACAUCCAGAAGGAGUCAACCCUUCAUCUUGUACUUCGUCUUCGCGGUGGUAUGCAGAUCUUUGUGAAAACCCUCACUGGCAAAACCAUAACUUUGGAGGUUGAGAGCUCAGACACAAUUGACAAUGUUAAAGCUAAGAUUCAAGAUAAGGAAGGGAUCCCUCCGGACCAGCAGAGACUUAUCUUUGCCGGUAAGCAGCUUGAGGAUGGUCGCACCCUUGCGGAUUACAACAUUCAGAAGGAGUCGACCCUUCACCUUGUCCUUCGUCUUCGCGGUGGCAUGCAAAUAUUUGUGAAAACCCUUACUGGUAAAACCAUUACUCUAGAAGUUGAGAGCUCAGACACCAUUGACAAUGUGAAAGCUAAGAUACAAGACAAAGAAGGAAUCCCUCCGGACCAACAAAGACUUAUCUUCGCUGGCAAGCAACUUGAGGAUGGUCGUACCCUUGCGGAUUACAACAUCCAAAAGGAGUCAACACUUCACCUUGUACUGCGUCUUCGUGGUGGGAUGCAGAUUUUUGUCAAGACUUUGACGGGCAAGACCAUCACACUUGAGGUCGAGAGCUCUGAUACGAUUGACAACGUCAAGGCCAAGAUUCAGGACAAGGAAGGGAUAGUUCCGGACCAGCAGAGACUAAUCUUUGCCGGAAAACAGCUCGAGGAUGGUCGCACUUUAGCAGAUUACAAUAUUCAGAAAGAGUCGACUCUUCACCUUGUUCUCCGUUCUGCACAUUCUCCGGCUAAAACUUCAACCGGCGUAGAUGUUAAUCCAAACACUAGCCUCCCUAGGCGUCUGUUGCCUCCUGACGGGUUACCAGAUCGGGCUCGCUUUAGCAUUUACUCCACGCCGGAGUAUUUGGGGCUUCUGGUUCAACUCCUCGAUUGUUCUGAGGCAUGGGGUUUGCUUCUUGCUUCUCAAUUCAGAAACUUGUUUGAACUCCCUGUUGCAAGAUGUUCUUAUUCUGCCAAAUUGAUUCAUGGUAAGCUUUCUAGACAACUUUUGACUCAAAGAAGGCAUAUGGUGGGUUUCCUCUCCGCUUCUCGCUCCGUGAAUUUCACAUCCCCACUGGUCUUAUUUGUGCUUUUUGGUGAGAAGAGGGUAGUGACUGUAUCAGAAGUGAUUCACAUGCUGAGGGAUGAUAAUAAUUCAGAGUCACAGAAGCGGUUCUCGACUUGGAAGAAGUUGAGUCUUGCUCUAAUUGUGCUUGUUGAUGGUGUUGUUGUAUGUAGCAACAAGAAAUUAGGUCGUGUUACUAGCUUUUUUGUAGAGAUGUUACAUGAGAUUGAGUUCUUCAUGAAUUACCCAUGGGGCCGUGUUGCUUUUGAAGCAACAAUGGGGCGGUUUGGCCUUUCUAUUCUUCAGAAAGAUCCUAUUGGAGAGCUCAAGACCCGGCUUUUUCAAAGAAGCAGUUGCUGUUACGGGCCUAUCGUUGAUCUUUCUCGUACCAUUCUUCUUCGUGAGACCGAUGUUCUUGACGCUGAAUACAAUCCUAAUUUGUUAGAGGAAUACACUCUUUACCAUUCUGAACCGUUGAAUGAAGAUCUCUCUUGGCCUGAUGAAGUUGUUGAUCUCAGAGUAGAAUUGAUUAUCUCAGUGAUCAACCAAAAGCACCUCUCCAAGCCUGACAUAUGGCCUAUUCACGACAUUCCCUUCCAUCCUACCGUGUCUGAAGGGAAAAAUUCAGCUAUUCCCAGUCAAGCUCCCUCAGCACAAGAUCAAGAGUUUGAUGGAGCCCCUCUAGAGUCUCACGAAGUAGUUGUUGAUCCCCUGCCUUCUCCCAACAAGCCUGCUUCUAAGAAAACUAAGGAGAAACCCCAAUACUCUGCUGCUGCUCCUCCUCUUCCACAGUCUGCCCCUAAGAAUACAGACAAAAAAAUCCAUACUAAUGUAGAUGCUUCGCAGGCUGGUGUAGGAAGCUCCUCUUCUGAAUGUUUGGGGGAUAAGUCUCAACAAUCUAAGCCAAGGUAUCCUCAUAGCGAGACAUCAAAAAGUAAGGCCAAGAAGAAGAAGGAGAAUCCUGUUUCACGGAAACAUAAAAGAGAAGAGGUUACCUCUUUAUCUUCUGGCAGCUCUUCAUCCGGUUUGAAGCAUGGUUUAUCUGGAGACAUUCCCAUUGGUAAGGAUGCUGAAACUACUCCAAAAUAUGCAGCUUGUGAUGAUACGUGGGAUCUUUACGGGACUGCAAAAUCUAUUUCUGAGGUAUCACUUUUCAGAUAAACUGUGUCCUGUUUUAUUUGUUUUACGUAACCAAUAAAUAAACAUUGCUCACCCUCUUAUGUUUCAUUUAUUUUCAAAAGAUACAAGCAGACUGCCUCUCCAAUCCCAAACUCCAAUGCAAAAGAGGUACAUAUUUGUUGUUAAAUUGUCAUCUCUUUUUUAUGUUCUUACAGUAUAUUUUAUCUUGAUAUCCCCGAAAUCUCAUUUUGAGUUGUAGUGUGUUGCUGAUGUGACAACAAAUGUCCUUUGUCUGG